AUGUCGUCAGAGAGCUCCGGAAGUAGCAGCGUGUCAGCAGUGGAGUCCGGAAGUAGCAGUGUGUCGGCAGAGGAGUCCGGAAGUAGCAGUGUUACUGCAGAGGAGCCUGGAAAUAGCAGCGUGUCGGCAGAGUCCGGAAGUAGCAGCGUGACGGCAAAGGAGUCUGGAAGUAGCAGCGUGUCGGCACAGAAGUCCGGAAGUAGCAACGUGUCGGCAGAAGAGCCUGCAAGUAGCAGUGUGACGGCAGAGGAGCCUGCAAAGGAGUCCGGAAGUAGCAGUGUGUCGGCAGAGGAGCCUGGAAGUAGCAGCGUGUCGGCAGAGGGGCCUGCAAGUAGCAGCGUGUCAGAAGAGGAGUCCGGAAGUAGCAGCGCGUCUGCAGAGGAGCCUGCAAGUAGCAUCGUGUCGGCAGAGGAGCCUGCAAGUAGCAGCGUGACUGCAGAGGAGCCUGCAAGUAGCAGUGUGACGGCAGAGGAGCCCGGAACUAGCAGCGUGUCGGCAGAGUCCGGAAGUAGCAGCGUGUCUGCAGAGGAGGCCGGAAGUAGCAGCGUGUUGGUAGAGGAGCCUGGGAGUAGCAGUGUGUCGACAGAGGAGCCUGGGAGUAGCGGCGUGUCGGCAGCGGAGUCCGGAAGUAGCAUCGUGUCGGCAGAGGAGCCUGCAAGUAGCAGCGUGUUGGCAGAUGAGUCCGGAAGUAGCAGCGUGUUGGCAGAGGAGCCCGGAAGUAGCAGUGUGUUGGCAGAGGAGCCUGCAAGUAGCAGUGUGUCGGCAGAGGAGCCUGGAAGUAGCAGUGUUUCGGCAGAGCAGCCUGGAAGUAGCAGUGUGUCGGCAGAGGAGCCCGGAAGUAGCAGUGUGUCGGCAGAGGAGCCUGCAAGUAGCAGCGUGUCGGCAGAGGAACCUGCAAGUAGCAGCGUGUUGGCAGAGGAGCCCGGAAGUAGCAGUGUGUUGGCAGAGGAGCCUGCAAGUAGCAGUGUGUCGGCAGAGGAGCCCGGAAGUAGCAGUGUGUCGGCAGAGGAGCCUGCAAGUAGCAGCGUGUCGGCAGAGGAACCUGCAAGUAGCAGCGUGUCGGCAGAGGAGCCCGGAAGUAGCAGUGUGUCGGCAGAGGAGCCUGCAAGUAGCAUCGUGUCGGCAGAGGAGUCCGGAAGUAGCAGUGUGUCGGCAGAGGAGCCUGCAAGUAGCAGUGUGUCGGCAGAGGAGCCUGCAAGCAGCAGCGUGUCGGCAGAGGGGCCUGCAAGUAGCAGUGUGACUGCAGAGGAGCCUGCAAGUAGCAGUGUGUCAGCAGAGGAGCCCGGAAGUAGCAGUGUGUCGGCAGAGGAGCCCGGAAGUAGCAGCGUCAGCGUGUCGGCAGAGGAGCCUCCAAGUAGCAGUGUGACUGAAGAGGAGCCUGAAAGUAGCAGCGUGUCGUCAGAGGAGCCGGCAAGUAGCAGUGUGUCGACAGUGGAGCCUGCAAGUAGCAGUGUGACUGAAGAGCAGCCUGGAAGUAGCAGCGUGUCGUCAGAGGAGCCUACAAGUAGCAGCGUGUCGGCAGAGGAGCCUGCAAGUAGCAGCGUGACUGAAGAGGAGCCUGGAAGUAGUAUCGUGUCGGCAAAGGAGCCUGCAAGUAGCAGCGUGUCGACAGAGGAGUCCGGAAAGGAGCCUGCAAGUAGCAGUGUGUCGGCAAAGGAGCCUGCAAGUAGCAGUGUGUCGGCAGAGGAGUCUGCAAGUAGCAGUGUGUCGGCAGUGGAGCCUGCAAGUAGCAGCGUGUCGGCAGAGGAGCCUUUAAGUAGCAGUGUGCCUGAAGAGGAGCCCGUAAGUAGCAGCGUUACUGCAGAGGAGCCUGCAAGUAGCAGUGUGACUGCAGAGGAGUCCGGAAGUAGCAGCAUGUCGGCAGAGUCCGGAAGUCAACCGAAUUCCGAUGGCAGUGAGACGUCCGGAAGUUCCAGUGUGUCGACAGAGGAUUCCAGAAGUUCCAGUGUGUCGACAGAGGAGUCCGGAAGUUCCAGUGUGUCGGUAGAAGAGCCUGGAAGUUCCAGUGUGUCGGCAGAGGAGUCCGGAAGUAGCAGCGUGUCGGGAGAGGAGUCCGAAAGUGGUGAAUCUGGAGGGAACGGUUCGGGACGUGGAGGGGCAGGAGGAAGGAACCCUAACGGAGCUGGCUCUGGAGAGAACUCAGGUCAACCAAAUUCCGAUGGCAGUGAGACGUCCGGAAGUUCCAGUGUGUCGGCAGAGGAUUCCGGAAGUAGGAGUGUAUCGGCAGAGGAGUCCGGAAGUUCUAGUGUGUCGACAAAGGAGUCCGGAAGUUCCAGUGUGUCGACGGAGGAGUCCGGAAGUAGCAGCGUGUCGACAGAGGAGUCCGAAAGUUCCAGCGUGUCGACAGAGGAGUCCAGAAGUAGCAGCGUGUCGGCAGAGGAGUCCGGAAGUAGCAGCGUGUCUGCAGAGGAGUCCGGAAGUAGCAGCGUGUCAGCAGAGGAGUCCGGAAGUAGCAGUGUGUCGACAGAGGAGUCCGGAAGCGGUGAAUCUGGAGGAAAUGGUGCAGGACGCGGAGAGGCAGGGGCACCGGGAAGGGGCAAUGGCGGUUCUGGAUUGGGAGAGAUUCCCCAAGCUCCAGAUUUUACCAUCUGCACGCCGAACCCAUGUUAUAACGGGGGUGCUUGUACUGCCGGGGACGGUGUCUUCACCUGCACCUGCCUUCCCGGCUUCUCUGGGGAUUGGUGCGGAACAAAUAUUGACGACUGCGACCCCAACCCGUGCCAGAACGGAGGCGUCUGUGACGACGGCGUGGAUUCCUACACCUGUGACUGUGCGGCCGGAUUUGAAGGGGAUCAGUGUGAAAUCACAAAGUCGGUCUGCGUGGCCUACGGAGAUCCCCACCACACGACGUUCGACGGGACGUCCCACGACUUCCAGGGCAUGUGCCGCUACACCCUGACGAAGGACCUGAGCGGCGGGGCGGACUUUAACGUGGAGGUCCAGGAGGUUCCGCUGCCCUGGCUGGAGAGCGCCUCCGUCGUGAGGGAGGUGUAUCUGGAGGCAUACGGGUACACCGUCGGCAUCCGGCAGCACAAGAUCGUGUCGGUGGGGGAUGAGGUACGCACGCUGCCCUUCAGCCUGGCCGGCGGCAGGAUCCAGGUCCAGCUGAGCGGGCUGUUUGUGCACGUCCAGACCGAUCUCGGCGUGGAGGUCUUCUACGACGGGAACCACUAUGCCAAGGUGGUGGUUCCCUCGAACUACCAGAACCAGGUGGGCGGGCUGUGCGGAAACUUCAACGCCGGGCAGUGCCCACCACACAGCCAGUACUCGGCUUGCACCAGUUUCUGCCCCGCGACCUGCGCCAGUGACACGCCCAGUGACUGCGCCCAUGACUGUGUGGAAGGCUGUCAGUGCGACCCUGGCUACGUGCUGAGCGGACAGGACUGCGUGCCAGAGGACGACUGUGGCUGUACCCACAGCGACGGGCGCUAUCUCGCGCUCGGAAGCCGCUGGGGAGAGAGCGGUCAGAACUGCGUCUGCGAGAGGGGGAACGACAUCACGUGCGAGGCCUGGGAGUGUGUGGAGGACGGAGGUUGCGACGUUGACUGUGGAGCGAAAAGGGAAUGCGUACAGACACCUGGCGGAUACGAGUGUCCAUGCAAACGGCCCUACAGGGAAGUGGAGGGAUCUUGCCGAGGUUUCUUUACGUACUCCGUGAUCACACGUCUCCUGUCAAAUGAGUUUUACGAAGAGCUCUACGACAGUAACUCCGACGAAUUCAAAGCGCUUGUCAAGGAAGUUCGCACAGUGAUAAAAGACCUCCACGCCAAGGGAGAGCUGACCAAGAACGAGUUUCUGGACACGGACAUCACCGAGUUCGUUCCUGGAAGCAUCAUCGCGCACUACAAGCUGUACCUGGCAGACGACAGCACCCUGUUCCUGGAAGCGGGCGAUGACGUGCCCCACAUUCUCCAGGAAUCGCUGAAGAAAAUGGCCAAGGCUCACAACGGGACGCACCUGAUGAUUGAACACGAACGGGGACACAAGGUCUCAGAUCAUGACGAAUGUGCGUCACCCGAGUACAAUGACUGCUCGCCGUUCGCCACGUGCCACAACACCGUCGGCUACUUCCACUGCGCGUGCCUGGACGGGUAUGAAGAUCUGUCGGCGGGCUUUGACGAACUCCCGGGACGCGUUUGCCAAAAAGUGGCGGUCUCCCCAACAGUAUACAUGUGGGUGGUCGUGGCUGUGGUGCUGGGUCUGAUGACUGCAGUUCUCCUGCUUCUCGCAUGGCGCGUCCGCCUGGCCCGUCAGCGUGCGGCGUACCAGAAGGACAUGGGAGGUAUGAAGGACACAGCUCCAAUACUGGCAAAGCAGUACGCCGCCUGAGUUGUAACCGAGGAGACCGGGAAAGGCAGACGAUAUCCGUCAACAGGACAA